AGAGCAUGUCCAUUGGGGAGUACUUAACAUAAGGUCCUUAUCAAAAGUGAAAAAAAAUAAAUCAAAAAGCCCGAAUUAAUGCAGUACCGCUCCUCAAAUGAGGCUUUUUAGUUUUGUUAGGGAGCCCUAUCGUGGCUUCUUCUCAUUGGCCGUCCAUCAAUUGCUGUCUCUCUUCUUCGUCGCGAGAAAGCAUUCAACUUUUCUCUUCAUUCUCGACUUCUCCGUCUUCUCUCUCGAAACUCCUUGUCUCUCUUUGAUCUCGUCGUCGCAGUAUCAAAUCUCGUCGUGUCUCUCUCGAAUCUCAUCGUCCCUCUCUCGAACCUCGUCUUCUCUCUCUCGAACCUUAGGUUAUAGUGAAGAUUAGAAGAUAGAAGCUUUAAGAGAAAACACAGCUGAGGGAAGGAUAAAACUCAGACUAGACGGAAGAUGAAGAAGAGGAAGAACCAGCAAGAUAAAUUUAAACUUCCCUUGUCUUUUAAAAAAUAACUUAUAAAAACUGAUGUCGAUGGUGAUUGUUUUAUAGUAUUAUAGUUUUGUUGACUAUUGAAAAGAUUGAAUGAUUUUUUCUGGUAAUCGAUAUGCUUAAGUUAUCCUCUGUUUAGUAUAAGGUUAGCGAUGGUGGGAAUGAUUGUUUGUGCUUCACAUGUUCACACGAACCUUUUUUAGUUUUCUGUUUUAGUUUUCAUUUAUCUCAUUACAGAUAUGUUGUUUGAGUGUUAAGUUGUUUGUGUCUUAAGUUGUUUCAGUCGAGUCUUUAAGUUAAAGACUUUUUUUGUCUUUAAGUUGUUUGUGUCGAGUCUUAAGUUGUUUGUUAAGUCUUUUAAGUUAAUUGCAUUUGCGUUUGUAUGCUUUCGAUGUUUACGGUUAAUGGAUGUCUAUGGUUCUGCUAUGAUGUCUCUGUAUUUCAUAAAUUGAGAUUUGGUAAUGGAUGUAUUGCAGGUGGAGUGAAGAAUAAAGCCAAUACGCCAAGACAUGAACAACUUGUAACAGAAGGAUUCAAGACCACAUGUGACACAAGAGAACACUCCGUACGUGAAGAGAACAAGAAGAAAAAGAAACUUUGCAAGCUCAAAUACAAUUUGUCUCAAGUUCCAAACCAUUACCAUUUCUCUCAAGCUCAAAUACCAUUUCUCUCAAGCUCAAAUACAAUUUCUGCUAAGUUCAAAUACAUUUCUCUAAAUUAUUGUAUUUAAAAAGAAAAAAAUGUUUAAGGAUUCCAUAGGGGUACUCCCAUUGGAGGAGUAAAAUUAUUUCCACUAAUUUAAGUCCUU